AGGGAUAUGGGCCAGGAACAGGCAGGCGGGACUAGUUUAGUUUGGGAUUAUGUUCGGUCUGUUUCUGUGCGGUACGAGAGUGGGAGAGAGAGAGAGUGACUAAUUUCUGAGGGAGAGAACGAGAAUUGAUUUGAAGAGCAGGUAGCAGUUGAGAGAGAGGGGAAGGAAACAAACUGUGAGGCUGCACUUCCCGUUGAACGAACCCUCCCUCUUUUGGAGAGAGGAAAUUGUUGUGGCUGAAGAAGACAAGGGCUCUGAGGGAGGGCUGCGGGAGAGAGCAGAGAAGGCAAGCCGCUGUCCCAGAAGAAAUGUCCAGUGAGGACCAGCAUGACGCUGUCGCGGAAGGUGACGGGCUCUUCAGUCGUUUUCAGGCAUAUGCUCGCACCAGGAAAGGCAUGGUUUUACUCGGCGAGGUGUUGCUGUGUCUCAUUGCCUUCAUUUGUUUCUGUUCCUCGCCGUACGGAGGCUAUUCUGCUGCCCCCAUCAUUGAACUUGUCUUCAGCGUCAUCUUCUUCGUCGUCUACAUGAACAAUUUCGAUAAAACGCUGAGCGCCAUUAACUGGGUCUGCACGGAUUUUUUCCGCUGUGUGAUUGCAGUUGUUGUCCUCGCUGUUAUUUCCAUUAUUGCUCUCAUAAGCCAUGACGGAGCUCGGAUUGCUGCUGGGGUCUUUGGGCUAUUUGCUGGCGCUCUCUUCGGCUAUGAUGCCUACCUGUUGUUCCCAAAAAUAAAGGGGCGUCAGCACGCGCCAGCUCCCACAGGUUCGGAGAACACCUAAUGUGGCUGUUCGCCCAGGGAGUGGGGAGCGGGACAGGCGGCCGGGAAUGCAGGAGCUGCCUCGAGAUUCCCGUCACGGCUCCGAAUGUGGAGGGACCCGUUCCCGUUGUCAGCUCACUGUCGCUCUCCCCGGUCUCGAUCCCUCUUAGCCUGGUCCCCUUGGCAACCUGCACCCUAAUCCCGAUCCCUGUGUUAGCCUGGUUCCCAUGGUGCCCUGGAUCCCAAUCCCGAUCCCUGUGUUAGCCUGGUUCCCAUGGUAUCCUGUGUCCCAAUCCCUCUUUUAGUCUGGCUCCCAUAGCAUCCUAUAUCCCAAUCCCAAUCCCCUCCAAUUUGUUCCGAUUCCAUUCCCCUCCAAUUUGUUUCCAAUCCCAAUGCCCUCUAAUGUGUUCCCGUUCCCAAUCCCAAUCCCCUCCAAUUUGUUCCCGUUCCUAAUCCCCUCCAAUUUGUUCCCAUUCCCAAUCCCAAUUCCCUCCAAUUCGUUCCCAUUCCCAAUCCUUCUCUAUCUCCUGCUCAGUUUUACCCCCUCACGUCCAUAUUUCCCCCCCCCAUUCUCUUUCCCCGCCACACUUACCUCUGUCCCCCCUACCCUUCUCUCUGCUUAUGCCCCCCCCUUCUCGAUGUGCCCUCAUCCGUCAUUCCUCCCUCGCCUUCUCCCUCCUCAGUUCCUACCCGUUCCUCGGUGCCUGUGCGCAGCCUGCCCUCCUGCACAGCCCUGGCAGUUGGGCCUAAUGUUACUUGCAGCCUUCACAUUGGAGUGACCUGUAUGAAGUGCCACCUCCCCCUUUGCGAAACUGGGGCCCUUUCGUCUCAUACUCCUCCCGAGAUCAUUUAUUAUUUCAUUGAAUAUCUGAUUUAAAACACUGCUUCUAAUUUAUAUAAAAAGGGAUCAUUCAGGCAGAACUGGGGCCUAGUGGUUCAGGCUUGUUUUCCCACCUUGGCAACGGGAGAUAAAAAUUGGACCAGAGACUCCAGACUAAUGGGGAGGAACCCAGCAGGAAAUUUAGAAGAAAGAUUUCAACACUUUUAUUUUUGGGGGAUUGUUGACUCGCAAAAUAUUGGCAAUUAUUGGGGGAAAGGGGUUAGCCAAACUUUAAUGCAUCAGGAGUCUUACUCUCCCUCUCUUCUUGCACACCAACACCCCCCAUACACCCCGUCCAAUUGAGCACAGGACUGGUUAGACGUUGGGAUUGUAUGUGUUUGGGGAAGGGGAGUAGAAGGUCAGGGGAGGUAAACUCCAGAAGCUGACUCCAAAACCUCCAUUGGAGUUUUGGAGGUAUUCUGGGAGUGGGGUGAGCGGGUUCGGGAAGGGUAGAGGAGGGGACAGGAGAGGAUGGGUGGAGAGGAUUCAGGUUCGGCAGGGGUGACAGGGAGAGAGAGGGGAAGGGAAGGAAAGGAGCCAGGGACUAGGGAGAAAUAAGCCUUUGUUCAUGAGGUUUCGUCGGAAGCUACGCAGCAACUACGACACUAGCUCAAUAGUUGGAAGUGCCCAGCGCACUGCAUUUUCCACCCCACACUUUCUGACCUCCCUCCCAUGGCCGACCCUCCGCACCCCCACCCCCCCAACUACCCCCUGGCAAUCGGGUCGGAGCCAAAAUCUUCAUCGUUAAGAGGAAAAGCCGAGGUGGAUGUCCGGAUAUUCGCAGGCGGAGCAGGCUAAGGUGCCAUUGAGUCAAGUUUCCCUGCGAUUACACAGACACGGUGAUCAGGUGGGCGGGGCUUGCUGAUGCCGGAAUUUGCCAACUUGGGGAAGCCAGCCCUUCACGAAAAUCUGUGGAAUUGGAGACUGUGCACGGAUUCGAAAGCUGCGCUCCACCUCCCUCUUGUAUCCCUCUUGUAUCCCUGAGAGGAUGGGUGACUUUAUGUUUUGCCCAGGCUCAGGAGAUCCAAUGCCGUUCGAUAUUCCGCGGUUUCACGCCUCCUUGCAUUGCAUCCAGAUCUGACCUCCCUCCGGCUUACGUUGUCCCCAGUCUCUCCUCACCAACACAGCACCCCCUUUAUUUGAAACAUCUUUUCCCACUUCUUGUAUGCAGCAAAUGGGAUGCAGCCAUUCCCUCAGGCUAGCUUGUCCCAUAACACGGAAUGGAUAAAUGUCAGGGGUUGGGAAGAGGUUGGGGGGGUGGUGUGGGGAAAGGCUGGGGGGUGGUGUGGGGAAAGGCUGGGAGGAGGUCCUGGGAGCCAAAAUCAAUUGGUAUGCCACUGGGAAUGCCUCAAAGUGCCUUCACAUAUAGUGGGAAAUUGCCUUUUGAAAGUGUUAUCGUUUCUCGUGCCUUAACACGUCUUGCAAUUUGUUUUUGGGGGUUUGUGGAGGGGGGGAGGCUCGGGUGCGGUUAAUUUGACAAAUUCUGACUCAUGGGCAUCUGAAGCACCGAUAGCUGCGCAGGCUAAGAGGAGGCGUUGUGGAGUUUAUUGAUGGAAUGCAAGAUUACACGGAGGGGUUUGUUGGCCGUCCCGCCUAAUUCUGGUCCUUGAAUCAUUUCGUUCAGCUGAAAGGGAUUCCAGUUGUCUCUGUGCCUUCUCUCUAAUGUAAAUUCACAGCUUUAAUCGCGUAUUUUAUACUCGACUCUAUGUUUACCCGUUGACACGCGUUCACUGGUUAUUCUAACGGAACCCCGCUGCGGAAUCCUGUCUGUGUGAAGAAGUGCCUUCCCUUAACACUUUUGUGCGAGUUGUGGCUCAGGAUUGCGUUCGGAAUUCGCUCCGAAGCUGUGGGAGCCUUGUGGUUCCAGUCCAGGAACUUUCGAGCUGCCAGAGCUGGAGUAAACCCGGGCUCAGUGUCUCUACCCGAUGGUGGGAAUCGGAGCUGCAGAGUGCUGCUCAGAUUGGUCCCUGGACUCCAGUUUGUUCGAGCGGUUCUUGCGUGAACUGUGCAAGUCCCACAGAGCAACACGUGAGGCAAUAAAAAGUGUUUUCUUCUCUGA